GGUCACAUUCGCGUUCGAAGAGGUUUCCGUUCAUACUUCUACAAUUACUUGGAUGAAAUUGCUAUGGCAACGUGCGCAGCAAUUCCCAGCAAUGGACCAGGCCUUAUAUACGCCGUCAGACGGUAACUAUGGUAACAAAUCAACCCUUAGGUAGAUCGUGUACCCAUGACGUCACGGUGGCCAUAUUGGUGUAUAAAAAAAUGCAACAGCAGCCAUGUUGGUGAACAGAAAAAAAAUCCUGUAGAGAUUGAACUCUUUUAUAUGUAAAAAAAAUUCUUUUUUUGCAAGAAAUUUUUAUAGCUGCAGACCACGUGAGCACACAAAAACGAUCUAUAAGCCCUAAAUCACUCAUUUGGCUCCCUAAAUUUCCUUUUUUUUAAUCAGCCCAAGAAAGAUUAAUGGGACGGUGACAUAAACACCCAGUCGCGCCCUAGAGAUAUGUGAAUUUCACCAACGUUAUUUUUAGACCAAUUAAACACUUGAAAUUAAUUAGAAAUUGGUUUCCGGAGAGGUCCGUAAACCUCUACUUAGUUUAGUCAAGAGGGAAAAGAAUAAUGAGACAUUAUGUUGUCUUGGUGUGUCGCCAGUACAAUUUACUGUAUUGUUUGCUUUAAGGAAAUCGCGUGUGGACUUAAGAGUUUCAGACAACUGAUUGAAAUGUUCGGACGACCCGGAAAUUAGACUGCCGUUUAAUUACUAGACUGCAAAACAGUCCGUAUUUUUGCGUAUUCAAGUACGCGCGAGCAGUCAAACAAAAGGUCCGGAAUGAGCCUGAAAACAGAGAGCGAGACUGGGGAGAGACGGUAAAAAUAAUUUUCCUCUCGCCUCACACGCUUCGCGCGCGUAAGACUCUUACGCCACACUUUACCGAUUUCUUUACUGAUUUUGAGAAAAAAACCGACUGUUUUAGAGUCUAUUUAAUUACAACGUCUAAAAAUAACUUAAACGAAAUUUACAUAUCCCGGCCAACACACCAAGAUUCACUUUCUGUCCAAUUUUUCUCUUUUGAUCAUUCUAACUUUCCAUCUAUUUCAGGACCUGUGGUGAAAAGGCAAACUGUAAAGACAUUUGCACCGAUCCUAAAUUACGUCAGCAGGGGCCAAAGGAAGUACGAAAACUCACAUGGGAUUGCACGGAGUCUAUUCACGUGUAUAAAAGACAGCCAUCGCUGGCUGACAAUUAUGAUGAAUAUACUGAUUCUCAUAAGUUAGGCCUGGCUGUGUUUCGCCAUCACUCAUGUGCUAUAUCCAAAUGUGGACCAAACUAUUGUUGCUGCAGAGCAGUUGCUUUGUAA